CGAAGCUACUCUAUGACUAUCGAAAUGGCGGCCUCCAUCUCCACGAUGGUUAAUGAGGAGCCACGCUGCGUUGUUGAGUUGGGAUUUCUUGAAAAACGUGAGGCAUGGGCGCUACAGAGCAGGUAUUUUCCCAGCAAAGUAGGUGGAAAACCAGCUUGGCUUCACCUGAAAGAUGUUCCUAAUGGCAAACGUCUUACUUGCCGUAACUGCGGUGCGCCAUGCGUUUUGCUGCUGCAAUUGUAUGCUCCACGCGACGACGUCGACUCUGCUUUUCACAGAACGCUCUUUGUGUUCGUUUGCGUAACUCCGAACUGUGCAAAUAAGCACGACGCCGGCUGCUUUAUAGUUUUGCGGUCGCAGCUGCCCAAAGAAAAUCCGUUUUACAGCAGCGAACCUCCCGUGGAAUCCCCCGACACUUCGAACAGCCCUUCGGCGGAAGAUUUCUGCAAAAUCUGCGCCGUAUGCGGUGCUUUAGGCGACAAGACGUGCUCGAAAUGCCACAGCCGUCACUACUGUUCAAAGUCUCACCAAAUAUUGGAUUGGAAAGACGGUCACAAGGCUCGCUGCAACUCGCAGUGCUUCGAUAGCUGCGAAAGGACUGCGGCGCCACUCUUUCCAGAGUACGAGCUGGUUACAGAGACAGAAGACGACGUUUACAAUGAUGUCGAAGACUGUAAAACAGAUGAAGAAAGGCUUGCAGACUACUGCCAAUUUAUGACCAGUCAUCCGGAGUGUGAAAGUGACGGUGCAGAUGUCGCGGACCUGAACAAGAUGGCGGCAACCUGCCAAGACAAGGUAUUUUGGAAGUUCAAGAAGACUAUUGAGAAAGCACCUGAUCAGGUGUUACGCUACAGUCUGGGUGGUACGCCUCUCCUUGUUGCGAGUACAGGUGACCCUGGCAGCGUGCCUUAUUGUUCCUGCGGUUCACAGAGGCAGUUCGAGUUCCAGGUUUUGCCUCAAUUGCUCAACAGUAUUACCGAGUCGACAAUGGAUAGCCUGGACUGGGGGACAUUAUUAGUUUAUACAUGCAAGGCCUCCUGCGACGGUGAACCGUACCAAGAAGAAUAUUUGUGGAAGCAAAAUUUCUGUGAGGCAUAGUUGUCUUGAGCUUACUUGCAUGUGUGCGCGAACUUUUCUUUGGAAGAGUGUGAGAGGUGGGAUAUUUUUAUAGUGAGCCUAGCUCGACCGUUAAAAAAAUAAACAAGAACGCUGGCAACCAAGAGAAGCCUCUAAUGUAUGGAUACUGUCAUGGAUGUAUGCGUGCAUGUUUGUGUGGACUUUAUUGAUGUCUGCAUAACACAAUUCUGCAGAUAUUACAUUUAAGCAAUAACUAUUGCUUUGCACAUCAAAAA